AUGCCCCUUUCGAUGGGGCUCAAAGUUUCCAUGUCCCGGGAACGAAAGCGGAGAGGUCUCGUUGCUGGCAUGGCUCAGUCCGAUGCCCAAGACCCCAACUUUCCGUACGUGCACUUGUGGGUGUCUGCGGAUGGUGAGACGCACCUGCAGGAGUGCACAUUCCAGAACUUCGAGAAGAAGACAUAUGCUGCGGGCACCGACCCCCAGUUCACGCUGACUGCGCCUUCCCCCACCAAGGUGGUGCUCACCGAGCUGGUGCCGCACACGCAGCAGGAGUGGCACGCAGCCCCCGCGGUGCAGAUGGUCACGUGCACCGCCGGCAGCUGGUAUGUGAAAACAAGUGACGGGACACGGCGGGAGUUCAAAGUGGGCGAUAUACUUUUCCAGGACAACACUAAGGAAUCCCCGGCUGCAAAGGAGCCCCACCAUUUCUCGGGGACUGUGGGAGAGGGGCCUUGCCAGCAAGUUAUCGUACAAAUGUCAAGAACGCCAGAGGUAGACAAUCCAGGGCCUCUUUAGCAUACAGUGUGGCAAUAGGGCCUCAAGAAGCUGGCCUUUCACACUCUGCCAUUGUUGAGUUCGAUGGAAAUGCCAGUUCGCAUGCCAGGUGUCCUUUUCAACAGAAAGCUCGAAAAGCUUGGUCAAAUUUUGAGCAUUUGGGAUCUUCAAGGCCUGAGUUAGCCGGAUUAAGCUGGCAACACAAGCUCCCAUAAUCUGGCAGUCUGCAAGAAGGUGUAUCUUAUACUUGCAUUAUAUGUGAAAUAUCGACCAUAUCCAAUUGUCCGCAGGAUGUACCGUAGUCCAAGGUGACGGUUCCGAAAAUCUGUAUCUUAAUGAUGG